AUUAUUGGGAUAGGAAUCCUGAUUUAUGGGGCGAUGUGCAAAAUUGGAAUGUAUUUUAUAUAAACAAGGUUCCUGACAGUACACCGCAAAGUUCUCAUUCUGCACUUUCAAGCGAGCUUGACAUACUUUUAAAAAGGCUUCCAAGUAAGAGUAAAAAAUAUGCGAAUGCAAAUUCUAUUCAUUUUCUGCGGUUAUCUGGAUGGGAAGAAGAGUGUCAUGAGGUCUGCGGUUCGCCCGAAAGUGGGGAGUAUGUGUGGUAUAGAGAUCCUUGUAUUAAAGAUUGCACUCAAUCUUUGGAUCAUAUCACAUUAUACGCAAAAUAUAAAAUGACACCUACACUUUGGAAAUUCACACAAGAACUAGCUAGUUUGAACAAAAUUAAUGAUAUAGACAAGAUAUCUGAUAACAAAUCCGAUGGCUCAGAAACAAAGAAGCAUCCUUUAGGACAAGAUGAAGAAUUGACAUCAAUUAAGAGAAGACAAAUGGAUGUGGAGUCACCUAAUGUUGAUAUAAAUUUAAAAGAGCAUGCUAUAUCUAUGGCAAAUGAACAUAAACUUACCUAUUCAAACCAUCCGGGUGAAAUGCUGGCAUUGAACUCCAUACUUCUCUUGGAAGAGAAUUCUAUUCGUGCAAAGUUGAACAUUCCUUCAGACAUUCGGAGAAAGGUCUUCAAACAAAUGAAGGAUAUGUACUCAAAACAUGAUCUACCAAAUGUAGUUAGUGAAUUAUGUCAUCAGUGUGCAAAAAUUGCAAGAGAAGAAACUCGAAUGAAUUUAGAAGAUUCUAUUGAAGUUGUUUAUGAUAAUUUAAAGAAAAAUUCUAUUGAUAAGCAUUUGCUCAGGACUUGCCAGAAAGUUUGGGGACAUGUUGUGGAAAAUUUGCGUACAACUUUUGAUGACCCAUUAACAAUCGAAGAUACUUAUGUACACCAUCUGAUACAUCCUAUCUUGCGACCAUUUUUCCCAGAUGAGCCAGGGAAAACAAUUAAUUG